GGCAUGCGGUGCUCUUUGCGUGUGUGGAUGCUCCUGGGAUCCCUGGCUCUCCUCUUCCUCACAUCACUGCUCUUCUCCUUCUCACUGAGAGGGGGCGCCGCUCUGCCUUACCUGGACCCUCAGGGAUGGGAGGAGUCGAGACGGGUAAAGCUGGUUCCCAGUUAUGCCGGCGCUCACAAACUGGGCCCACUGGAUGCCGCCCAGCAAAGGACAUGUGCGUGCACACACUGCGUGGGUGACCCAGGGGUGUCUGACUGGUUUGACGAAAAUUAUGACCCUGACAUCUCGCCUGUGUGGACACGGGAUAACAUCCAGCUGCCUUCCGACGUUUACUACUGGUGGGUGAUGCUACAGCCCCAGUUUAAGCCCCACAGUAUCCAGCAGGUCUUGCAGAGGCUCUUCCAGGUGAUUCCGGGUCGUUCCCCAUAUGGUUCAUGGGACCCCGCCCGCUGCCUGCGCUGUGCAGUGGUGGGUAACUCGGGAAACCUCCGCGGGGCUGGUUAUGGGCCAAUCAUCGACAGCCACAACUUCAUUAUGAGAAUAAACCUGGCUCCGACCGUAGGCUAUGAGGAGGAUGCGGGAAGCCACACCACUCACCACUUUAUGUACCCAGAGAGUGCCAAGAACCUGGCAGCCAACGUCAGCUUUGUGCUGGUGCCCUUCAAGACUCUGGACCUUCUCUGGAUCACCAGUGCCCUGUCUACUGGCCAGAUCCGCUUCACUUAUGCUCCAGUGAAGCAGUUUCUGCGGGUGGACAAGGACAAGGUUCAGAUCUUUAACCCAGCGUUCUUCAAAUAUAUCCAUGACCGAUGGACGCGUCAUCACGGACGCUACCCCUCCACUGGCAUGCUGGUCCUCUUCUUCGCUCUGCACGUGUGUGACGAGGUGAAUGUAUUUGGCUUUGGGGCAGACAGCCGGGGAAACUGGCACCACUACUGGGAACAGAACCGCUAUUCCGGAGAGUUCCGUAAAACAGGUGUCCACGACGCAGACUACGAGGCUCACAUCAUCGAACAGCUGGCCAAAGCUGGCAAAAUCACAGUCUUUCCGGGGAAAUGA